CUUCAUGCCGUAGAUCAUUUUCCUCCCACCUCAAAGCGAGCGAAGACGUCCAGAAAACGGAGAGCUAAGAGGACAGCAUCACAUAAAGUAACGGUGAAAAUCGCAUGUGGUGACAGCGGUCAAAUGUCGAUCCUGCCCGCUUUUAGCUUCUCCGCAGUGGAUCACGCUCAGAGCUGCCAUUUUGGAGACUAUGUUGAGUGACACAGACCCCCUCCUGCCCUCCUGUAGCGAGCCUUAUCAGUUGGGCCUGAAGUGUGUUCCAGAACAAGACGGCAGCCAUAACAGAGGUGUAAUAUUUCAAAAUUGUGGCUUGUCAGCUAUGGAGAAACAUUUGAGUUCUGAGCUUUCUCCAACUCCAAGGUUGGACCCGAGCCAGGAUGCUGUGGAUAUAAACUGUCAAGCUUCCGCAGUCGAUGAGAAAGAGGGGUGUGCUAAUGAAGAUGCUGAAAAGUUAGCGGAACCUGUGCAGGUUUUAAGACCGACCAGCAAGGAGUUUAAAAAGACCUGGGGAUUCCGCCGUACCACGAUUGCCCAAAGAGAAGCGCCCGCAGAUUCCGACAGGCAGGACUGCGGGAACGCACCUGUGCGCCGCAGUGGCAGGCAGGCUAGGUGCGCGUGCAAGGCGGAAGAGUCUAUUCCAACCACCAAACGAGGACGAGGAGUGAGGAAGAGUGCCCCUGCCUGCCUGGAGAAUCCCAAACCCUUGUUCCAAAUACCCACUGAUGCAGAAACCCUCGGGGUGUCUGUCAGUGAGGGCACAAGUUCAGACCAGACCGACAGCGAGGAGCUCACCUUAAAGGAACUGCUGGACCGGCUGAAGAAGCGGCGCAAGAAAGACCAGUUUGAGCCGCACAGAGAGACGCACUCCCUGAGCAAGGAGGAGCAGGAGAGCAGCCUAGAUAAACCUGAAGUGCCUGAAGUCAUCAAGGGAAUGCCAUCUGAAACUUCAGCUGGGGGAACCGGACAGGACUCCAGGUCCACUGGGAAGAGCCCUGAAUCCAGUGCGAGGGGAAAACCCAUCUUAAACAGUGAAGAGGAGGAAGAGUUGCCUGGUAAAUCGGACAAGAGCCACUGCCCCGACACACUGUAUUGCAUGUGUCGUCAGAGGCACAACAACAGGUUCAUGAUCUGCUGUGACCAGUGCGAGGAGUGGUUCCACGGAGACUGUGUGGGCAUCACAGAGGCACGUGGCCGGCUGCUGGAGAAGAAUGGGGAGGACUACACCUGUCCCAACUGCACCCGGCAGAGGAGCCAGGCUGCAGCCGACGGGAGCUUGGAGGGCAACAAGCAGGCCCGGGCUGAAGAGAGUCCAUCAUGUCAGACAGUGCCCUCUACUGAUAUGAAAAAUAAUCAUGUGGAGGACCAGGGGAUCAAGGGGAAAAUAGAAAAAAUUUCUAAUCCCAGCGAGAAAAAGAAAAUGAAAAUAUUUCAGCCAGUGGAGGAAACCAGCGCACUGCCAAAGUGUAUUGGCCCUAGCUGUGGUAAAAGUGCUUUGCCGGACUCUGUUUACUGUGGUACCGAAUGCAUCCUCAAACACGCUGCAGCCGCAAUGAAGUCCCUCACUACAGUGAAGGAGCCCACACCUAAACCUCAAUCUCAAAAGAAACUUUCGACUAAAUCCAUUCCAAAGGGCCUGAAAAGAACUCUCCCUGAGAGGUCUAGGAGAAGGUCACUGGAAUCGUGCAGCAGGGCUGAAGAGGACGAGUCCAGUAGUGAGGAGGAGGCAGUGGUGGAGCGGGACUGCCCCUUCUGGUCCAGCAACCAUAAUUGCAAUACAGUAAACCCAGAAAAGACAACAGCCAUUCCAUCGGCUGUGUUUUACAAGUCGUCUGGGAAGGAGAGUGAAGAGAUUGAUUGCAAGAAAGAGUCUCCACUUAGCUUCACCUUCCCCAGGGGCAAUCAAAAGACCCCUAUCCUGGGAGUCCCUCCCACAAAGAGGACCAAGCUUUUGUCCCAACCUAUGAGCUGUGAUGAAGAUUCCAAGAACUUCACACAUCCUCCAAGCAAAUGUCCCACAUCCAGAAAGCGCAGUCCAGCUCUCACUUCCCAGCCUUCCUGCCCACUGACCUCUCGACGUCGCACCUUGGAUGCCUUAAGGUUGAGCAUGACCACCUGCAAUGUCCCCAGUAAGCUGCCCCGACAGCAGAAUCUUCCUCCAGCGCCAUCCUCUGCAGCUUUAACUCCUGCCACCCCCUCAGUGCCCUCCCAUGUCCAGCUAAACAUUACGAUCAGACACAACAUCCGCCGAUCACUUGCUGAAAUCCUGUUCAAAAGGGUGAGUGACAGUGAUGACCUAGACAUGUGUGAGAGAGAUGUUGGGAAACUUGCUGUCGGCAUUGAGAAGGAAAUGUACAACCUGUUUUUAAACACUGACAACGAUUACAAGAACAAGUACAGAUCAAUUAUGUUCAACCUGAAAGAUCCAAAAAACAUGGGGUUGUUCACUCAAGUGGUAAGGGGUGAAGUGACCCCAUUUAAGCUGGUGAGAUUGAGCCCAGAAGAGCUCUUGUGUAAAGACGUUGCGAGAUCGAUGCUCCGGGAGAAGGCUGAGAUCCUAGAGCACAGGCCCAAAGCCCAGGCAGGGCAGCUGAAACAAGGCCUGAAACAGGAGCGAUCACCCCCUGUAGACACGGAAGAAUCUCCUCCCAUCUUAGGAGACAUCUGUAGUUCAGCAGCCUCUUCGUCGCCCUGCAUCGCUCCUGCACCUGAUACAACUGCCACAGUUAAUCCAAGACAGCCGGACGUGGUCAGUCCUGUCACAGACCACUUCAGCAAAAUGCUGAAAGACACGACUGCUGAGCACAGGACUCACCUCUUCAACCUUAACUGCAAGAUAUGCACUGGCCAGAUGUCAGCUGACGAAACGCCUGUUCCAAAGAAAGUAAAAAACUCUGUCAACAAAAAAGUUGAGCCCAAAACUAAACCGCUGUCCCACAAUUCUAAGGCCGGGGAUUACUUGGGCGAUGACUCAUCCAGCGCUCCAAUGGACAGUGCGAUGUACCUCAUGGAGUCCCCAGCAUCUCCGGAUGACACUAGCUGUAUUGUAACAUUGUCAGAACCCAUCACCAUCCCUGCAGUGCCAUCCGUUGUCAUUGCAGGCAGGGACCCACGUACAGCCAGCUACCGCCCCCCUGUUACUGUCACCUCAGCUGUCCCCACUACAUCAAGCAUCUUUGAGUCCAGGCAUGACAUAAUUCCAGUUCUCUCUCCAGCAUCCCCUCCUCCUCCCCCUCCCCCUCGCCCUAUUCCCAAAUCUAUCCUGCUCAAACCUACCUCUUCAACAGCCAUGCGGUUCUUCACUACUUCUGGAUCAUCCGCCAGUAUGAUGGACUCGCACUCCCCUCCAGGUGGGGACACCGCUCUGUUCCUCUCUAAGCAGGAGGUCCUGUGGAAGGGCUUUAUCAACAUGCACAGUGUAGCCAAGUUUGUCACCAAGGCCUACCUGGUCUCUGGGUCCUCUGAGUGCCUGAAAGAGGACUUACCAGACACAAUCCAUAUUGGUGGCAGGAUCUCCCCCGAUAUAGUGUGGGACUAUGUAGCGAAAAUCAGGACAUCCGUUACAAAGGAGCUGUGCCUGAUCCGUUUGCACCCAGCGUCAGAGGAGGAGGAAGUGGCGUACAUUUCUCUCUUUUCUUACUUGAACAGCAGGGGUCGCUUUGGUGUAGUGGCCAACAACAGCCAGCGCAUCAAAGAUCUCUACCUCAUACCCCUUGGUGCAAAAGCCUCCAUCCCGUCCAAACUCAUACCUAUUGAAGGGCCAGGACUGGAAACAAAUCAUCCAAACCUUCUCCUUGGACUGGCUAUUUGCCAGAAACCAAAGUGUUCUGGGGUACUGCAAGGUGAAGACGAUGAAGAGAAGUGUUCCAGGUUUCAGACUGGGCACUCUGAUGCUACUGGUCUUCCAAGUCUGCCUGUUCUUCCCAGUGCUGAUAUAAAUCAAGACAAAAAAAGGAUGUACAAUCCAGAGAUACUAAUUGGCACAACCCCUCCUGGCUCUCCAUCCUCUGUUAGUUCUUCUGAUUCAUCUUCAAGUUCCUUCUCAGCCUCAUUGCUGCUGCACCAGCUAAAGCCUGUCAAAACAUCUGCGCCAAUCACAACCAACUCAGGCAAGGAAUCUUCCUCACCCACCACUGACUCCCCAAUUACUCCACUUCAAACCAUCUUGAAAACACUGUUUGGUAAGAAUAAGCUAGACUCGCAUGCCUCGCUGUCCCCCUCAGAGCAGAACUUAGUAAAGAUGGAAGUGUCUCCUACCCAUAUGCUUGAUCCAAUAGUCCAAAAGUUUGGCCAGAUUUCUGAGGAGAAAGUAAAGGAAGAUGAGGAUAACAGACCAAAUUGUCCCAAACAGGAGUUUAAUCUAGGAGUGAAGGAAGAUGAAGGUGACAGAUCUUAUGACCCUGAGAAGGAGUUUAAUCCGGGAAUGAGCUGUCAGGUAGAGGAUGAUGAAGAUGACCGUCCAUAUGACCCUGAGGAGGAGUAUAAUCCAGGAAUGGACUAUGGCGUAGAUGAAGCUGACAGACCAUAUGACCCUGAGGAAGAGUAUAAUCCUGGAAUGAGUUGUGGGGUGGAGAAAGAUGACAGACCAUAUGAUCCUGAGGAGGAGUAUAAUCCAGGAAUGAGCUCUGGUGUAGAGGACAAUGAAGAUGGCAGACCAUAUGAUCCUGAGGAGGAGUAUAAUCAAGGAAUGGGCUAUGGGAUAGAGGAUGAUGAAGAUGAAAGACCAUAUGACCCUGAGGAGGAAUAUAAUCAAGGAAUGGGCUAUGGGUUGGAAUCUGUUCUGACCAGCAAGUCAAGCAAAGCUUUUUCUGAUGAUGAAGUAGCAUAUGACCCAGAAGAUGAAACAAUUUUUGAAGAAGUGAAAGGUAAUGUUACUGACAGUCCGCAUCAAAUUAAGGAGCAGAUCUCAUCCACAAUAGAUGUUUCUGGAAGUGAGUUCUUAACUUUAACUGAACAACAGAAAAUGCUGGAGGAGCUGAACAAGCAAAUUGAAGAGCAGGAACGGCAGUUAGCAGAGCAAGAGGAGGCUCUCCGUCAACAGAGAGCAGCUGUAGGGGUGUCUUUAGCCCAUUUCUCUGUGUCCGAUGCUUUGAUGUCCCCACCUUUAAAGCCUUUGCUUAGGAGUAGCGAGUUGCUACAGCUGAGCAGAAAGGAAGAAUUGCCAAAAACUCCAACUGCCCCAGUGAUUAAUCAGAGAAGGGACCCAAGACAGAGCAAGGAUCCUCAGCAAGUGGCGGCCAACCAAAAGCUAACAUCUGACAGAAUGGAAAAAGACAGUGAUGCUGAACUUUCUGUUGAGCGUACAAAAUCUUUAAAACAGGACAACAUAUCACAGUCACCACUGGUGACACCCCCUGAGUCAGUUUAUUUGGAUGCAGGGAGUUCAGAGGUAAACAUUACUCCACAAGAAGAAAAAAUAGAUCCUGGAAUAAAAGGUGAAUUUCAACAAGAGAGUGCACUCGAGCAAAAAAUUAAAAAGACCUCUGAGGCUGAAAUUGAAAGUAGCCCUUAUGGUAAUUGGCAGAAUUCUGCAAGCGUUUCAAAAGAUAAAGAACUUUCAAGUCAUCGAUCAAAGCAUCCAAAACAGUUUCGAGCACAAUCAGAGUCUAAACCAAAUCAGAUGCCAUAUCGCAGCAUUCUGCGAAACAAAACUUCUCACCAGUCAUCUGAGCUGUAUGGAAUCUCCCCUGAUGUAACACUAGGUAACAUGUCUAUGGUAGAUACUUACAAAUCUACAAUGUCAUCAGUGGAAGUACAUAGUCCUGACAUUAGGGGUCCUGAGGACACGCCACAUUCUAUUCCUUUCCGAUCCUCACAUGAGUCUUCCCCAGUACAGGAAUUUCCCUUCUUGCAGGGAGACCAUCCCCAUUUCAGGGACGUGUCCAAAUUUCAGCACACUGUUCAUUGUCCUCCCUACCAGAAUCAGAGAGGUGAAAAAAUGCAUACUGAUAAUCCCUGUAGACAUACCCCAUCAGCAAUAUUGAUUCCAAGAGGUCCUCAUACUUAUUCACGCAUGGGUCAAAAAGGACCUACUGCAAAAUUGGAUCAGACUAGGAGCUCUUUGCUACCCAAUAAUAUUGGACAGAGAGGCCUGUCUCCAGAUCGAUUCUUGGAGCUUAAUUCUCCCCCACCUUUAGAUGUACAAAAUGAUUCACACCAACGGAGUCCCUCAUUCAGUUUUUUUGGAUCAAGAAGACCCCACAUCAGGCAAAUCGAUAAUGGAGAUCCUCGACUGAGUAAUUUACAUGGUUCUCGAGGGCGCCCUCACCACCACAAAUUUAUGGAUCAUGGAUCUCAAAAGCCUUUGUUAGGUACACCAAGAUUUGCUGAUGAACAGCAGUGUAACCGUGUUUCUUAUCAACGGCACAUGGUGAAAAAUGAAGUGCAAAUGGCACGUAUAUAUAGAGAAGACCAAGACUCUUCAGAGACACACUACUUCCAUCCAGUGGGUGAAAUGGAAGGGCAACGCUUCCACCCACCUCAAGACUUUGGAGCUCCAAGAGUACCUUCCCCCCAACUUCACAAUCAGAGGAUACCUUUAGGCCAGUAUAGAGGGUCCUUUGAAAACCAAAACAGCCCUCAGCAGUCCAAGCUGAAAAGGCGGAGAGGGCUUUCACCUCCACUGUUUAGAGGGCCUCAAGAUGAUCACGAUAAUCACGAUCAUUUUACAGACAAUGGAGGACAACUAAAAUUACGUUUUGAAGGUCAGAACCAUAUGUUCGUUGAAGGACCAUUGCGCCGUUCUGGCUCUUUACUUCCCACCCCUAUUGAGGGUCCAAUUCUCCUACCCCACCACAUGAGAAACAGACAUGAGUACCAAGGGAAAGACUGGAGGCACUCUCCGGAUACAAGAAGUGCUACGGAAUGUGAUUCAGAACUGCACAACAAUGGUAGAAGGACAAGGAUGUUUGAGGGUUACCAUGAUGAGGUAGAGACCCAAGACCCUUCCUGUUUGUCAUUGGGGAGGCAGCAGGGAUUUUUAGAUGAGAGAAGGAGAGACCAGGAUGCCUCACAUAGCAAGCUGUGGAACAGAAACUCUAGCAAGUACUGGAACAGAGACCAAGAGCGGGACUGUAGUAGAGGAAGAGAAGUGGAAAUGCACAGGGAUGGAGAUUAUAAUGAUAAUGAUAAAAGGGACCUGGACCAAGACAGUGAAAGAGACCGAAGUAGGCACAGAGAUUGGAGCUGGAGAGAUGGAGAGAGGUCAAGGAUCAGAGAUCGAAAUAAGGACCAAGAGUGUGACCGGUACUUCAGGGAAGGAAGGCAAUUUCAGUCAAGCAGUAGAAACCGCGGAAGACAGAGUGAGAGAGAUCAUGGAAGUGACAAAGGCCGAGACUUUGAAAAAGACUGGGAUUGGAGAGAAAGGAGUAGGAGAAAGGGAAAUCAACUUGUAUCUGAAUCUUCAGAGAGUGACAAACAUGCACAAAAGGACAUCUGAAAAAAGCAUACAUUUUCCCAAAAUAUAAAAUGUUGUGCUUCUUUAUACAAUAAGUAAUUCACAUAUACACAUAUACAGUGAGCACAUUAUUAGGUAUUUAUUAGUCUUAUUUUUUAGACCUAUUGCUGCUGUAGCCUAUCCACUUAGAGGCUUGAUACGUGUUUUCAGAGAUGCAUUAACAAGCAGGUGUGCAGGUCUGCCUAAAAGUGCUCACAGAAUGUAUAUGUAGACAUAAACAAAUUCGUAAAGAACCAGUAAAUAUGUGAUUUAAAUAAAAUCAAGUAUUGUUCAAAAUGGUUUUCGGCAUGAAGAAUACAAAUUGUUUGAGGAUUGCAGGUGAAAUUUGAAUUAUAUUUCCCUUUCAUAUCAUAAGGGUUGUUGCCUUUAUAACACUUAGUUUUGAAAUAAUUUAAGUUAAGUGCAUUAACGAUUUGUUUGAUAACCAAAGUUAAACAUUUAGAGAAUAUUUUUGAAUAUGUAAUUGUGUUAUACAAUUCAGUGAUCCAUGUCGCAUAGAAGUAUAACUUAUUACAUGCAAGUACCUUUUUCUGUUCAGGAAAUGAAAAUAUGUAUAUAAAUAUGUAUGUUGUCAUUUUUAUAAUGUUUUUCUUAGGGGGGAAAGUUCCAUUGACCUUUGUUACAUUUAAUAGGGGAACAAAUACCUUGGUGGUAUUACAUUUUGUAUGUGAUUUAGGUGAUUUUGAUACACUGGCACCAUUUUUUGUUUUUUUGGGCAUGGACAUUUCUUUAUUUUGAUUUUGUGAAUAGAUUAAACAUUCAAUUCAACAGCUUCA